AUGGCUCGCUCUGAUGCUAUAGAUACAGAUGUUCCAGGAACGGUGUACCUGGUUGAUGCAACGGGGAGUUUGAGAGAUGUAGCUCAUGCUGGGACGCAAGAUGUCCUUCUUAUCCCUCAGCCUACAUCCUUUUCAGCUGAUCCUCUGGUGGAACUGGCCUCUUUACAAGAAAUACUGGACCCUCUUCCUGAUCUCCAUCCUGAACAAUAUGAACGGUGGCUCCGCUUUAUGGGCUUCUUCAACAUUAUCUGGAUCCCUACGGCCAUGAGAUUUGGACGCAAAAUUGUCUACAUACUUAGUUUGCUGUUCGUCCUUGGAAGUGGUAUCUGGGGUGGCUUCUAUCAGGGUGUUUCGCAAUACUACAUUAUGAUGGUGGUCAACGGGAUCGGAACUGCGGCCUAUCAAGCUCUGAUCCAGCUGACUAUUUUCGACGUGUUUUUCACUCAUGAGCGCGGCCGAAUGCUGUCCAUCUAUAUUUUCUUUCAACAGCUUGGAUCUAUUAUCGGGCUGAUCUGUGGCGGUUACAUUUCUGACGGCAUUGGCUGGAGAUGGAGUAUGCCCAUCGUGUCGAUAGCAUGCGCUGUCUUGAUUCUUCUCUUUAUCUUUACUUUUGAUGACACGAUGUUCCCGAGGUAUCGCUUUUCGGGUGAGACACCUCAGCGAACCACCAAGGCCGAAAACGAGACAGCUCGCACUCCAUCUGACACCCCAACCACGGAGGGAAAAGAUUCCAAGGUUGAACCGCCGAUGUCCAUCGUGGAAAGUCGCACUGUCGGGGAGAUGGACAUGCCUCCGCGAACCUACCUCCAAAAGAUGUCUCCGGUUCACUACUUCAAAGACGACAACACAACUUGGUACCAGUACUUUCGCCGUCCCUUCUUUCUUUUCGCGUUUCCCAAUAUUCUUCUAGCCGGUAUUCAAUUUGCAUUUGGCUGCACUGCAGGUAUUGUCUCGUUUAAUACCAUCUCUGAGAUCAUGACGGAGGCACCAUAUAACUGGAGUGCCGGUUCUGCUGGCCUAAUCUUCUUGGCAGCACUGGUUGGCAACUUUCUUGGCAUGGGUAUUGGAUCACUGUCUGAUUGGGUUGUCGUCUUUUUGGCACGUCGGAACAAGGGUUAUAAGGAACCCGAGAUGCGUUUAUGGACGUAUUCUAUCCCCCUUGUACUUGCUGCGGUUGGCUAUUUCGUCUACGGCUGGGGUGCUACCGAGGGGCUUCACUGGAUGUCCAUUGCAGUUGGCCUGUGCUGCAUGAUUGCUCAGCAGGUAUCCGCCACCAGUAUCGCAACCGCAUACGCAAUGGAGUGCUUCGAACAGAUCUCUGGUGAGCUCGUCAUUGUACUGGCAUGCUGCUCAUCGAUAAUCAACUUUGUCAUCUCCUUUACGGUGCAGGAUUUCAUCGACGGCACCAACUACGGCUGGACCUUUACCUUCUAUGGUAUCAUGGUUGUCCUUUCGAUGGCUGCGGGUGCUCCGAUGAUUAUCUGGGGUAAGGAUUGGCGGCGGAAAUGUAAGCCUCGGUAUGAGAAGUUUUUGGCCGAAACAGGACGUCAGUGA